AUAGACUCCCAUAUUCGAAAAAUAUUACCAAACCUUCAAGAAUCAAAGCAAGUGCAAUUGUUCGACGCAGUGAGCGAACCACUUCAAACCAUUUCUUCUUUAUUCUACUUUCGAUUUCCUAAUUCAUAUUAUUAUGAACUCUAGUAAUAGUAGCACCCAACUCCAACAUCAAUAUUCACCCAUUUCAUCUUCUAAUUCUCCCCAAAAAUUCUCUUGGGAAUGGGAUAAUAAACUUGUUUUAGAACACAAUUCACUCCCAUUCAAUGUCAAUGACUCCCAAGAAAUGCUACUAUUUGGCAUCCUAGCAGAAAUUGCAAGUGAUGACUCCAAUUCCAAUUCUUCGAUAAGUUGCAAAGAAGAAGAGGUUACAUCAAGCACAAAAGUCGAAAAGGAAAGAGAAAAAUCCUAUAUCGGUGUCAGAAAGCGGCCCUGGGGGAAAUACGCAGCCGAAAUUAGGGAUUCGACUAGAAAAGGAGUACGUGUUUGGCUUGGAACAUUCGAUAGCCCGGAGGCUGCUGCAUUAGCUUAUGACGAAGCUGCAUUUGCAACCCGUGGUCCAUCUGCUGUGCUCAAUUUUCCGGUGGAGAGAGUGAUCGAGUCGCUUCAAGAUAUGAAGAAUGGUUGUGAUCAAGGAGAGUGCUCUCCAGUGAUUGCACUGAAGAAGAGGCAUUCAAUGAGGAAAAGAUCAUUUAUUAAGAAAAGGAAGGCAAAAGAGGCAGAGGUAGAAAAUAUUGUUGUGGUAGAGGACUUGGGAGCUGAAUAUUUGGAGAAACUUUUGAGUUUUGGUGAAUGAUCUUCCAAUUUUCCUUUUACUUAUUUCUUUUUUUUCUAAGCCAGUUGUAUCAAUUGUGAUUGUUGGAUGAACUUAACAUAUAUUUUGUUUUUAUGUCAA